AUUUCCCCAAUUUCAUAUAUCUUAUGUCAUUAUCACCAUAUAUACUGCCUUCUAUCUAUUAAUUCUGGUCUAUUUUCAACAAAGGGAAAUUAAACAAUAACACAUCAUGGAUAUUACACUCAUCCAGUCUCCAGAGGGGAAUAUCACUGGAGGCGUAUAUUUCACUUACAACCCAUCAGAACCCGCUGCCUACGGGUUCACGGCUCUUUUUGCAUUACUCACUUUGGCACAUAUAAUCUACAUGUUUCCAUUGCGGUCAUGGUAUUUUAUAAGUUUUAUCCUAGGUGGAAUAUGUGAAACGUUUGGGUACUAUGGACGGAGUGAAUGCCAUGACAACAUCAAUGAUCUUGGUCCUUGGAUCCUGCAAAUGAUCCUCAUUCUCGGCGCGCCUACCUUUCUUGCAGCUUCGGUCUAUAUGACACUCGCGCGACUUACCAUAGCCUUAGGAGCAGAAGAACAUUCAAUGAUUAGUCCACGAUGUCAAUUUCUGGGAGCAGGAGUUCAAGCUUCUGGUGACGCAACAGUCAUAGCCGUUGGAAACAAAGUCAUUCUCGGCGGUCUCGUAUUCCAAAUCAUAGCAUUUUUCUUCUUCCUUCACAUGGCCUGGCGUAUCGGUUCCCGUUUCGAGAAAAUCCAAGAAACUCAUCCGAGUAGCCUUCGUUAUCCGGAACUCGAGAGGGGAUGGAAGAAGUACUUUCGAGCUUUAUACGCAGUUAGCGUACUACUCAUUAUUCGAAACUUGAUGCGUGCGGUUGAGUAUGGACAGCAGGCAAGCGGUGGAGGAUUUUCAUAUGCUACGAGAAAUGAUGAUGGAACUCUCACCUAUGUCGGACAUCGUUCCAAGAAAAUUGGAGAUAUAGAAGCGUUACUCUAUGUGUUUGAUGCUGUGCCAAUGUUCUUGGUGGUUUUGAUAUUCCUGAUUAUUCAUCCGGGGAAAUUCAUCAAGAGGGCUCGUGUUGUCAAGGGGGAAAGAUUAUCAGUCACUGAGAUGGAGGCUUUGACGAAAUAA